GUUCUGGCCAGUGCUGGGCGCCCUGACUUUCUGCGGUGGCGGUGACGGAGGCUGGAGGCCCGGUUGAGUGCCGGCAGGGGCGUCGGGAGGCGGAUUCCGCCUUCGCCGAGCGCUAGGGGGCGGGCGGAGGGGGCCGGACCAGCGGCGCAGCUAGCCGCGGAGACAGCGGGCUGAGCGAUGGAGGCCGACGGACUGCCGUGGGCCGGCGAGUCCGUGUCAGGCCCCGGCCCGGGAGGCGGCGGAAUGAUCCGCGAGCUGUGCCGGGGCUUCGGCCGCUACCGCCGCUACCUGGGACGGCUGCGGCAGAACCUGCGAGAGACCCAGAAGUUCUUCCGCGACAUCAAGUGCUCCCACAGUCACAGUUGUCCCUCCUCCCCCGCGGGUGGCGGCGCGGCGGAGCCUGGCCCUGCCGGCGACGUCGCCGAAGCCCCGCUGCCAGCGGGUCAGCUGAGCUGCAUUUCCUUCCCACCUAAGGAAGAGAAAUAUCUCCAGCAGAUUGUGGAUUGCCUUCCCUGCAUAUUGAUCCUCGGCCAGGACUGUAAUGCCAAGUGCCAGUUGUUGAACCUGCUGCUGGGGGUGCAGGUGCUUCCCACCAUCAAGCUGGACAGUGACGAGAGCUGUAGGCUUCGGCGCCUCCGCUUCACCUAUGGGACUCAGACUCGGGUCAGCCUGGCACUCCCCGGUCAGUAUGAACUAGUACACACUCUGGCUGCACACCAGAACAACUGGGAGACCAUCCCUGAGGAGGACUUGGAGGUUCAAGAAGACAGCACGGAUGCUGCUCAUGUUUUAGCUGAGCUGGAGGUGACAAUGCAUCAUGCUCUCCUACAGGUACCACCAGCCUUACAUGAAGUGGAUAUUGUGGUGGCCCCGUGCCACAGCCACCGGCCUGCGGUAGAUGUUCUGGGUGACUUGGCGAAUGAUUUCUUGCCUGUGAUAACCUACGCACUUCACAAAGAUGAACUCUCUGAGAGGGACGAGCAAGAGCUUCAGGAAAUCAGAAAGUAUUUCUCCUUUCCUGUGUUCUUUUUCAAAGCACCCAAGCUGGAGAUUAUGGACUCCCCCAGCGGGCGAGCAGAGAGUGAACGGUCACCACUGUAUCGACAGCUGUUGGACCUGGGCUAUCUGAGCGGCAGUCACAGGAACUGUGGAGCCCCUGACGAGGACAGCAAAGCUCAGAGCGUGUUGGUGGAGCAAAGUGAGAAGCUGAGACAAUUGAGUACAUUUUCUCACCAGCUGCUACAGGCCCGCUUAGUGGAUGCAGCCAAGGCCCUGAACGUGGUGCACUGCCGCUGUCUUGACAUCUUUAUUAACCAGGCUUUUGACAUGCAACGGGACCUACAGAUCACUCCUAAACGUCUAGAAUAUACUAGAAAAAAGGAGAAUGAAUUGUAUGAAUCGUUGAUGAAUAUUGCCAACCGAAAGCAGGAGGAAAUGAAGGACAUGAUUGUUGAGACACUUAACACCAUGAAAGAGGAACUUCUGGAUGAUGCUGCCAACAUGGAGUUUAAAGAUGUCAUUGUCCCUGAGAAUGGAGAAACAGUGGGCACCAGAGAGAUCAAAUGCUGCAUCCGGCAGAUCCAAGAGCUCAUCAUCUCCAGGCUCAAUCAGGCGGUGGCCAACAAGCUGAUCAGCUCAGUGGAUUACCUACGGGAAAGCUUUGUUGGGACCCUGGAACGGUGUCUGCAGAGCCUUGAAAAAUCACAGGAUGUCUCAGUUCAUAUUACCAGCAAUUAUCUCAAACAGAUCUUAAAUGCCGCUUAUCAUGUUGAAGUCACAUUUCACUCUGGGUCCUCAGUUACAAGGAUGCUUUGGGAACAAAUCAAGCAGAUCAUCCAGCGGAUCACAUGGGUGAGCCCACCUACCAUCACUCUAGAGUGGAAGAGGAAGGUGGCCCAGGAAGCCAUCGAGAGUCUCAGUGCCUCCAAGUUGGCCAAGAGCAUUUGUAGCCAGUUCCGCACUCGGCUCAAUUGUUCUCACGAGGCUUUUGCAGCCUCCUUGAGGCAGCUGGAAGCUGGCCACUCUGGGCGGCUGGAGAAAACUGAAGAUCUGUGGCUAAAGGUUCGAAAAGACCACGCCCCCCGUCUGGCCCGCCUUUCACUAGAGAGCAGGUCUUUACAGGACGUCUUGCUUCACCGUAAACCUAAAUUAGGACAGGAACUAGGCCGGGGCCAGUAUGGUGUAGUGUACCUGUGUGACAACUGGGGCGGACACUUCCCUUGUGCCCUCAAGUCAGUUGUUCCUCCUGAUGAGAAGCACUGGAAUGACCUGGCAUUGGAGUUUCACUACAUGAGGUCUUUGCCAAAGCACGAGAGAUUGGUGGAUCUUCACGGUUCGGUCAUUGAUUACAACUACGGUGGUGGCUCCAGCAUUGCGGUCCUGCUUAUUAUGGAACGGCUGCACCGGGACCUCUACACAGGGCUGAAGGCUGGGCUGACCCUGGAGACACGUUUGCAGAUAGCUCUGGAUGUGGUGGAGGGAAUCCGCUUUCUGCACAGCCAGGGGCUUGUGCAUCGGGAUAUCAAACUGAAGAACGUGCUGCUGGACAAACAAAACCGUGCCAAGAUCACUGACUUAGGAUUCUGCAAGCCAGAAGCUAUGAUGUCAGGCAGCAUUGUUGGGACACCAAUCCAUAUGGCCCCUGAACUUUUCACAGGAAAGUACGAUAAUUCCGUGGACGUCUAUGCUUUUGGAAUCCUUUUCUGGUAUAUCUGCUCGGGCUCCGUCAAGCUCCCUGAGGCAUUUGAGAGGUGUGCUAGCAAAGAUCAUCUCUGGAACAAUGUGCGCAGAGGGACCCGUCCAGAGCGUCUUCCUGUGUUUGAUGAGGAGUGCUGGCAGUUGAUGGAAGCAUGUUGGGAUGGUGACCCCUCUAAGAGGCCUCUUCUGGGCAUCGUCCAGCCUAUGCUCCAAGGCAUUAUGGACCGGCUUUGCAAGUGCAGUUCUGAGCAACCAAACAGAGGACUAGACGACUCUACUUGAAGACCAAGACCUUUCUCUUUAUUCUGUUCCUUCCUUCCCUCUCACCUUUAGGCCAUGGGGAGAAUUUGUCAUUUGUUUAUUAAGGGAGCUCCCAAGGGAAUUGGUGCUUGUUGACAACUCAAGACCUUCCUGGGCAGAGAUAACUCCUGGACCCUGAAGCAUUCGGUGGCUGUUUUAGGAUUCAUACCGCCUCACACUAUCUCUUUAGCAAAAGAUUGUGUCAGAUGUGUAAACGCUGAAGAAUGUGAUGUUCUGGCCUCAGAACUGAAAGGAGGCAACUGCUAGCACUGGCUAUUCACGGUCUGUGUUUCUAAACCAGGUGGGACACUGCAGUGCAGGGGACUAAAGCUAUCACUGUCAUGACUUCAGCUCUAGGUCGGAACAGUUCAGUUACCCAGUGGUAGAGAGCACUUAGAAAACAUGACAUUAGUUCAGGACUGUAUGAUUAUAAGGGCAAAACACAAACCAUCCCAGCCAAAUAUACCUUGUGGUUGCCUGGUUCUUGUUCUCUGUAACCAGGAUCUCAGGUUGUAAGUCAGAAGCCCCAGAAGGCAGCUGGGUGUGAAGCUGUCUGCCCUCACAACCCAGUGUUUACAAUUCCAGGGCCAGGGAGCCCUGGUUUCUUCAGGGCAGGGCUAACCCAGAACAGAAUCUCUUUGAUCCUUGGGUUUUUCCCCACCUCCUACCCUCCUUUUCCCUCAAAAAGGGGAGACUACUCCAGAUAUCAUGGUAGUUGGACUGAGUGUCUGAUUAAAAAUAGACUAUAAUUUUGUUGUUGUUUUAAUGGGAUAUAAGCCCAGGCUGGCCUUAAAAAUCUUAUCCUUCUGCCUCAUGCUCCAAAGUGCUGAGAUUGCAGGUAUAUGCUGCCAUGCCCAGCUUUUAACUGUACAGCUCCCUCUCUUUAUCUCCUUCCUCAGUGCUGGGGGUCAGCCCCACAGCCACAGAUCUGCUGGGAACUGCUCUCAUGCUCACACGCCAGCUUCAUAGAGCUUUCAAAGUUCACUUUACUACUGGGCCCCGUGAGCUGAUGAGGAUGCGGCUGAGCAUACUGGUCUCCUACUACUACGGCUCUUCAGAAAUGCCAUGCAGUGCUUUCUCCAUGCAAACUGUUAGACACGUGAUAGGCCCGGUGUCUCUGGGUGUGUUGGCUCUAGCCUCACUUUGGUAGAAUGCUUAGUUUAGCUCUCAGGAUUUUCACAUCUACUCAACUAUACUUAGGUACUCUGCUCUGAGCAUUAACUUGUCGUCCUCUGGAGACAGAAGGGUGUGCAGGAAGCCAGGUGUCAGGAAAGAAGGAAUGAGCCAUCUCUAUGAGUUAGGUCUACUGUGGGAAACUUCACGAGGUCUGUGUGGUGGGAGGACUGCUGCCCCUUGUUCUGAGCUCUAAUACAGAGACUGUAGUUCUAGCAUGGACACCAUAUUCCUAACAUUCUUUGCACAUAUUAGCUCAGACUCAGAUGUGGGAGGUUAGAUUUUGUUUUCCCCAUCCAGAGUCCAUUUUAAGUCUCUUGUCAGAUUGUAGGUUCUUUUUUUUUUAUAUUUAAUUUUUAAAAAGAAGAUUCCCUCCAUUUUUUCUGCCCAGUGGGAGGGAUAGGCUAAUGCUAAGGAGUUUUAUAGUCAUUCAUAAAAAAGUAUCUGAAAAAGUCCAAGAUAUUCUUGAAAGUGUCCGGCCGGGCAAGCCAAAGGCCACAUGGGGGUAUGUGGUGGUGGUAUUUCAAUACUCAGCUGGCUGAGUAUGUGAACACAUGUGUCUAAUUUGUAUGUAUUUUACUUUAUAACAUUGUAAGCUAAUUUUGGAUUGUUUUUUGGCAUCUGUUACUAUUUUAGUGAUAAAAUGCCAUGAAAUGUACUGUACUGUAUAUUACUUGGGAAGACACUAGGUCCUCAGAGAAGUGUGGUGGCACUUAGCACAGGGCUUGAUAGGGCCAAAGUUUUGAAGAUUUACCUCCAGGCUAAGGGAGGAAGAAGGGUGGAAUAAAGACUUACCUUCAAAAAAAUUUCCAUAGGGGGCAGUUUACUGUAGCCCUUAAGUGACCACCUGGAUGCUUCUUAGGAGCUGAAAGCCUGGUUACUAAUUUUGCUGUAGAAUGGAGUGGCAGGCUCUCCUGCAGAGCAAUCAGAAGAAAUGUUGGCAGAGUAUGGCCCCUGCACGGCUCUCCUGUGCCCUUGAGCACGCGGCAGCACAGCUGAGUUGCUUCUGACUGAGCAGUCUUCAUUGCUCUCAGAAAGUGGACUGCUCUGGUUCUUCCCAGACCAAAGAGAGUCACUUCUGACUCCAUCCACUCUAAGGGACAGGGCUAGGCAGCCACUGGGUCAAAAUAUUAACACUAAAGCUCAAGGAACCCGAGAAAGGGUGCAUUACUACACAGUUAGAGCAGGAGCACAGUGAGCCGGACUCUGUCAGCUCCCAGUGCAUUCCGUAUUUUCGCUUGAGCUCUCAGACAGGUUAGAGCACUCAGGGCAGGCCUAGUUCAGUGGAGAAUGCUUGGCACACACAUGGCCUUGGGCUCAGUGUCCAGUACCAAAACAAAACACAGAGGUCAAAGAGGGCUGGAAAGUCAGUGUUCUUCCUGACAGAAGCGGCGCGGGCGGUAGGGCUGUGAAGUACCAGCUGCACUAAGUGACACUUUAUUUUUGUUGUUGUUGUUGUCUUAUUUAGCACUGAGAAGCCCAGGGGAUGGGUCAGUACAGUCACACUUAGGGAAACUGAGGCACCCUCUGAUCUUGCUCUGGAGAGAUGCCCCACUUGUUUGAUCUAGCCUACUGGGAGGCUUCCCGACCCCGUGUUGUGUCAGGAUGGAUUAUAGCCUUGGGAAGUGCAGAGCUGUUGAAAGUGUUCAGAACGUGCAUUUUGCAUUUUCUGGGUCAAACCAUCCACAUUUUCCUUAAAAGAAAAUGAGGAUUUAGUCUUCUAGGUGCUGGGGUAUGUGGGGUAGAGCUAGUGUGAUAUUAGAGCGGCCUUAAGGCACCCGCACUGCAGACUCCCCUAGAAGUUUCAGGUGGUACUGUUGCUCUUAGGAGCCGAACUCCAUCUGCUCUGUUAGCGGCGCCUAGUGUGAUCGACGUGGAGGAGACUGUGGGAACGCCUGACAGCUGGGGUUGCUGGGGAGGAAACUUAGUCUGGAUGGCUUGCUGGGUUUUUUGUUUUAUUUUUUAUCUUUAUGUAAUAUUUUUAUUUGUUUUAAAGAACUAAUGUCUAUUACAGUAUUAUAUAAAAGUGUAACAUACUAAGUGUGUAGAAUAAAGUGCAAUAACAAAAACUA